AGGCAUUGUGCUUCGGAACUAAUUGCAAGACUCAGAACAUCGAUCAUAUCAUGGGGUCGGUCGCGAGUUUCAUGGGUGGGAAAGUAUCACUAACCCAGGGGAAGAGCAUCCUAUAUCAUCCACUCUACGAUAAAUUCAUUGGCGAUGUGAAAAUCGAGAACUUCAGCUUUGAUGACUUCCACAUUGCCUUUCUUCAGAUCAUCAACACUGUCAACGCAGUCGUUCCGGGCAGGCAUUAUGAAUAUGUGCCAAAUCGCGAAGAAAUCGAGAAAUUAUAUCAUCAAUGGAAAGAAGAAACAGUUCCUCCUGCGAAGAAAAAGAAGAUGGUGGAGGAUUUCAUAGUGAAAAACGUAAAAAUGAAGAGCGCAGAUAAGCUCGUGAUGCUAGCAGGACUGGCAGCUCCACCAGCAGCCAUGGCAGCUAAGAGAGCAGGAGAGUCUCUGCCUCAACUUAAAAUCAUGAAAGUGGUGCCUGAUCUUCUCUUUGUCCCUUCUGCUACUCUCUUGGCUCUUAUGGGAUGCAAGCUCUCCACUACUUUGAAGCAAAUUUCCUAAAUCAAUCAAACUAUAUAAUGUCUGAAGUUUCAAUUUCAUUUGUCUAUGCAUGUUGUGUAUUGAAAGUGUUUCCAAUAAGCAUGGAUUGGAUUGCUAAUAAUCCUUUGACUGAAUUCUUCUAUUUAAACGAUUAUUUAAAAAAAAGAACAGUGCUGUAAUGGAAGUCAAUUGAGAAACUACCCACCACAAGUUGCAUUGAAUACAGGACUUUGAUACAAAA